UACAAACGACACUGUGUGAAAAAGCAGAUCGAACAAUCCUCGUCUAGAUCUAAAACAAUACCAAAUUGCUAUGAGUAUGGAGGAUAUUUGUCGUUUUCCAGUCUCACAUUUGGGUUUUGGGACCCUCUAUCUCUCUCCUCUGUGUUUACGUUAGAUCUCAAUCAUCUGAUAUAGAUAUAUAUAUACAUACACAUAUAUUACGUCUCUGAUCUAAUAUCUUACUAUCUGUCUCAAAUCUGAACAAGGUAUGUACUUUCUGUACACGACAUUGAUGAUUGUUUUGAGCCCCCAUUUGUUUUCUCCACAUCCAUUUUCUUUAAUUCCAAUAAAGAUUGAAACUUUUUCAAAACCCCAUUUUUGUAUUACUAAGAUCCAUACACAAAGUUUCGAUUUUGAAGCUCAAUUCACAUUUCUAAACCAAACCCCAGUUCCAAUUUCAGUAAGCAAUGCCCUUUUUAAUGGUUAUUUUCAUUAGUUGGGUCUCAUCAUCAAUAUAUUCAAUAUAGUUAUAGUAAUGUAUAGCUUUGAAAAGGUGAGUCAUUUAUAGCUGGCAACUGUCGGUGCUUGGCGUGUCUUUAACACUUAUUUUUCGUUUUCCCUUUUUGCCCUCACUCCCUUUCACACCUUGCUCUUCCAUUUAUACCAUAUGGUUAGAGAAUAGAUGCCAUUUAUAAACAUAGCUCUACUACUCUACUUUCCAAUUCUUAAUCUUCUUCAAUCCAACUAAUCUUGGGUCUUCAUUCCAUUUUCAUACUUGGUGUGUUGACUCUGUGGAACUUUUGAUUUAUACUCUUUCAAUUGGAUUAGUUAGAAUCAGUUCAAACAAGUGGUUGUUUGAACUUGAAGGAGUGUUAGUGUUGGAUCUCAUUUUGGAUUGUGUGACUAAGAAGUUCUUUGAUCUCUGAAUGUUCUAGUCAAAGUAGAAAAAAAUGUCUAGGGGAAGAGCUGAUGGGAGCCAAAAUAAAAGGCUAAUUGGCUCAAUCUUAGUUUUGGUGUUAAUUUGUGGUCUGUUGUAUGUGUAUUCUGGGAGGAGUGGUUCAUCUGCAUUGGAAUAUGGUGGUAAAUCAUUAAGAAAAUUUAGCUCUUAUUUGGGUUCUGAAGAAGAUGUUGAGGAGUCUUCCCCGAUUCUUGGUGAAGAUGGAGAUGUCGGUUUUGUACCAAAGAGUUUUCCUGUUUGUGAUGAUCGCCAUUCAGAGUUGAUUCCUUGCUUAGAUAGAAACCUUAUUUACCAAUCGAGGUUGAAGCUGGAUCUUUCUUUGAUGGAACAUUAUGAAAGACAUUGUCCACUUCCCGAGAGGCGAUUCAAUUGUUUAAUCCCUCCACCACCGGGAUAUAAGGUUCCUGUUAAGUGGCCUAAAAGCCGAGAUGAGGUAUGGAAAGCGAAUAUUCCACAUACUCAUCUUGCAACCGAGAAGUCUGAUCAGAACUGGAUGGUUGUGAAAGGCGAGAAGAUUGUUUUCCCCGGUGGAGGAACUCACUUCCACUAUGGAGCUGACAAGUACAUUGCAUCAAUUGCUAAUAUGCUUAACUUUCCCAAUAAUAACAUUAACAAUGGAGGAAAGAUUCGAACGGUCCUUGAUGUUGGUUGUGGAGUAGCUAGUUUUGGAGCAUACCUUCUUUCUUCGGAUGUUAUUGCCAUGUCCUUAGCACCCAAUGAUGUUCACCAAAACCAGAUUCAGUUUGCCUUAGAGAGAGGUAUUCCAGCAUAUCUCGGUGUCUUAGGGACAAAGAGACUCCCUUACCCGAGUAGAUCUUUCGAGUUUGCACAUUGUUCUCGUUGUAGGAUUGAUUGGCUUCAAAGGGAUGGCAUCCUUCUCCUUGAACUAGAUAGGGUACUAAAACCGGGAGGUUAUUUUGUCUACUCAUCUCCCGAAGCCUAUGCACAGGACGAAGAAGAUCUAAGAAUAUGGAAAGAGAUGAGCACCCUCGUGGAGCGCAUGUGUUGGAAAAUAGCUUCGAAAAAAAACCAAACUGUUAUUUGGGAAAAGCCUUUGACUAACGAUUGUUACAAGGAAAGAAAGCCCGGUACUCUUCCACCACUAUGCAAGUCAACCGACGAUCCUGAUGCUGUCUGGGGUGUGAAUAUGGAGGCUUGCAUCACCCCAUACUCCGAACAAAUCGAUAGAGCAGGAGGAAGUGGUUUGGCUCCAUGGCCCGCCAGACUGACCACUCCACCUCCCCGCCUAGCUGAUUUUGGCUACUCGAGCCAUAUGUUUGAAAAGGACUCGGAAGUUUGGCAACAAAGAGUUGAGGAUUACUGGAAUCUAUUGAAGCCAAAAAUUGAGUCCAAUACCUUAAGGAACAUCAUGGAUAUGAAGGCACACAUCGGUUCUUUCGCUGCAGCUUUGAAAGACAAAGAUGUGUGGGUCAUGAAUGUUGUUCCCGAGGAAGGACCGAACAAACUCAAAAUUAUAUACGACCGAGGUCUUAUAGGCACCGUUCACAGCUGGUGUGAAGCCUUCUCAACCUACCCAAGAACAUAUGAUUUGCUUCAUGCUUGGACUGUCUUUUCCGACAUGGAAAGGAAGAAAUGCAGUGCUGUGGAUCUGAUGAUCGAAAUGGACAGGAUUCUAAGGCCGAAAGGCUUCAUCAUCAUUCGUGAUAAACCGAGGAUUGUGGAGUUUGUCAAGACCUACUUGAAAACACUACAUUGGGAAAUAGUAGCUACAGCUGAAGCAUCACAAGACUCAGAACAACAAGGCGAAGAUGAAACGGUAGUUGUCAUUCAAAAGAAGAUGUGGCGCACGAGCGAGAGCGUGAGGGACUCCGAAUAGAGAGAAGCAAAGCAAAGUGUUCCCUUUUAAGGGAUCCCUUAAAAUGAUUUGUUUAGGUGGUUAUUUUAUAUGAUAUGAUUUUGUAGCAUUUUGGCUCUCUUUUAGUUAAUUUUUUUGGCUUUAUUUAUUUGAGUCUCUCAACAAAGAGCUCACCCAAAUAGCUUAUUCAAAUUUCAAUGUGUUCAUUAUUGAUUUGGUAACUGUAAGAAAAUCACUUUAUACCUCAUAUUGGCAUAAAGUAGAACAUGUUCCAAAUAAGGAUAUUUUUGGCAAUAUGAUUUAUAUUUCAAAGGGA